UAACGAACAUAAUGCCGUCCGGCUCGCCGUCCCCUUCCCCUCGCCUGCCAAGCCCCUUUGUGCGCCCCCGCCGCGAUCGCUCGCCGCCGCCGAGGCCGAGCACCGCACCAUCACAUCUCCAUCGCACAGUGCAUCUCACGCCGCCGGCACUCCCAUUUCGAUCGGCGCCAUGUCCCUCGAUACAUCGAGGAUGCGCCGGGGUUCGCCGUUGCGCUGCUCCCGGAGGCAGGGGCACGCGGGCGGGCAUCCGGAGGCAAAUGGGAUGUCUCCCUUCUCUCCCCCGCGGCGGCUACGGCGUACCAAACAGGAUUUUGCUAACGGUAGUUGGUAGCAAAGAGCGCGAGGGAAGGCCUAGAUCUGAUACCAAAUGGAACGGCCUAUGACGGUAGAGAGAAAGCACAAUAAUCCAUAGGAAGGUAAGGUCCUUCACCUUGCCACCCCAUAGCUAAAAUAGUGAAACACAAAGAGGUAGGCCAAAUUGAUUCUCACUUGCAAUUAUUUAUAUUUCCCUACCUCCAUAAUAUGGGUUCGGGGAUUAACCAAUUCAAUAGAUCCUUAUUAAUAAAAUUCUUGUUGACAAAGCAAUGGCAAGCAUUAACGCAUAUUUUACUAAGGAGUAGCCACAAUGGACUUCUUGCCGUGAUAUUUGUUUGAACGUCCCCCACAUGACACUACUUCAUGUUUUGUAUUCGUUGUUUCAACAUUGUGGUUUUACUUUUUCAACAUUUUUAUUUUACUACAAUAACAUUUUGAAUUUAGUAAUUUUUGACAUUUUGUGUGAAUUUUUCUUUCAACAUUUUUAUGCACUACAACAUUUGGAACUUACUAUUUCAAAAUUUUGAAUUUACUACUUUAGAUGUUUCAUAUGUCAUUGAAAAUUAAUGUCGAAAUACUUUUUGGAAAAUUGUUGAAUUAAGUAUGUUAUAAAGUGUUGAGUAAAAUAGGCAUGCAUCAAUCACAAGGUAUAAAUGAAGCAAUUGCAUAUGUAACUAAAAUUAAACAAAAAUGGAUAAGCAAACCUGGACCUUGUGGCCCUGUGACUGGGCUGCAUUUGAGUACAAGCACUGCUGUUGUUGGGCUGUUCGACGCCAAGGCUAAUAUUGGAGUGACUCCCCCUCCCUUUCCCUUCUCUCUUUCCCUUCCUCAGUCGUUCGCCGCCCUCGCUUCUUCCCUCCUUCCAAUCUCACGCGCACUCCCUCCAUCCCUCACUCCCUACUCAUCGCCUUGAAAGAAUUUUCCGAGUCAAGGUAAAUCCUCACUAUCAAUUCUGUUAUGCGCGGUUCCAAUAAAAAGGGUUCAUUUGGUACUUUCCAGAUCUGCUUGUUCGAGCGUUUGAUUCCAUAAAAGAUCCAUUUUAUUACUUUCUCUUUCUAGAUCUAAGGGCAAGGAACCAUGGGAAGGGAUUCGGAGAGGGGGGAGAGAGUAGGUGGCGGCCGAACUAGGGGCGAUGCCCUAGGAAGGGAGGAAGUGGGAGGGGAACGGGCGGAGGAGGUUUAGAGGGAAGAGAAUGUUUUGCCCCUGGUAUCUGAGACAAGUAACUCAUGAGGAAUUUGAGGGAAAAGCAUGAAUUAGGGAGGCUAGAAAGACAAGCAGGAGUCUAGGAACUAGGAGUGGUCCAGAGGGCUGAAGAAGACCUAUUCUGAUCUUUGAUGCUGUUGCUGUUACUGGUCGUUCCCCUUUUGUAUGCCUGUACUCCUUUCCGAGUGCUGGCCCCAAAUGUCAUCCAUGGUAGGGUGGCUCAUACAUUGUAGCGAGGCAGAUAGAGAUAGGGGCGCAUGAGAAGGAUGGCCGGAUGGGGGGGAGAGGGACAGGAAGGUUGGAAUCAAUUCAAUGGGCAAGUAAUCAUAUGGGCCGACCGGUGUAGUUGGGCCAUGGGCUAGGUUUGGGCUCAUAAAAUUUCUUCCUACCUUUGCAAGCAGCUUUUCCUCGAAGAUGGCUGUCGAAAAACUCCGUUCGCUCUGUAUAGUCUUGUCGUUCAUCAUGGCUCCUAGUCUAAAUAGUGUUUGAAACAUUGUGUUGCCUUUGUUAAUGAUAUUCCUGUUGAUGUAUACGACGAAUGGACUGAGCUCGUGGGUCUGAUAAGAUCACCAUCGAUUUGAUUAACUGCCCACCAUGUAAUUGAAGUUUUGGAGUGUUUUCCUAAUGAUGCUUUGCACAUGUGCCUUAUGGAAAUAGUUUCUUGUCCUGAAUGUAUUACUGGGAUGUCCUGCUUCAUAUAUCAGUGGAAAUGGUUGGCAUUGAAUAGAAGCUGUGAACACUCUGAAAGAAUGUACUACUUGGUAGCCACAGUAUUUUUCCUCUAGGAUAAUACCCUCCAUGACUAGUGUCUGCUAGAACCAUGUUGGUAGAGAACAAAAUUUUGUGGUUAAUGUGGCUUGAGGAGGCCAUCUCUAGAAUUCCAAUAUAAAGGGCAAUUAGAUUAGGGAAACAUCAUCUUGAGUACCGCAGAUAUCUUAUUCCUUUUUUUUGAGCAUCUGUUCAACCUCAUAAUUCCUUGAUAAAAAAGUGAUUUAGUUGUGCCUUGCUGUCAGUCGAACUUUUCUGAAUGGGGGUUUGUCACGAUCCUUAAUCAACAACACCUCUACAGGUAGUCAAUGGACCCAACCCUGAUAUUGAUCAUGAUUGAAGAACUGUUUUGGAACUCUUGUAUUUGUAUUGCCUGAUAUUGACCGUCAUCAAGUUUUCCUGGAGGAUCAUGCACUUUGCGAGCACUCUUCUUUCAAUAGAGCAGUGACUUCGACAAGAGUCGUCACUGCUAAUCGUGAGUUUUUGGACUGUGAAAUAAAAAUUCUCUGUUUAAUGUAUCCUGUACAGUUUGCCAUAACUCUCAGACUUGUUUCCAUUCCUAACAUUCCCAGUUUUUAUUUCCUUUGUCAGUGAUAUUAUCCUUUAUUAAGCCUGUGAUCAUGACAGUCUACAUUCAUAUUUCAUAAUCAUUGCAGCGAACUUCAGAAGAAUAUUUUGGAUGAGGCGGGGAGGCCCUGUAGCUGAAACUAGUUAACAUCUUGUAUUUCAUCAGAUUAUCUGAAGAAAGCUUCAAAUGAAUAGAUCUGUAAGAGUGUCCCAGACCCAAUGCAAUCGAAGGAUCUCCAGAGAGUCCUUGGAAUCAGUCCCACAGGAGUAUCAUUCGCUUGAGAAGCAGAAGUCCAGAGAGAUGGAGAGACUGGGUAUCUGAAGAACCUGUUCUACCCUUUCCUCAUUUUGCAGCUGAUAGAUGGGGAAGAGGAGCAGUACCCAUACCACAAAGAGAUUACCACUUUACUUUGCAAGGCAAUGAUAUUGAGGAAGGAAUAUUGUACAGGGGUGCAGGCUGGCCAUAUUCUCAUGGUGUGCAUAGCCAUGAGAUCAGAGAUAGCUCUCGUGCUAGAGGUCAUCUGGAGCCAUCCAAUGAGAGAAGGCAGAAGCAACGAAAGACCGUUCCCUGUAAAUUCUAUGUGCAAGGUCAAUGUUACCAUGGUUUAAAUUGCAGAUAUCUCCAUGACAGUGCUCUGGAAACUGAAAUGGGGCUUCGUGUACCUGUUGCUGCUCCUGUGCAUACAGGUGCUCAUAACUGGUAUCAUCACAGUGCUACCCAGAAUCAGAUGGAACUAAGAACACCUGUUGCUGUGAGUGCAAGUGCUCAUGUUUUGUCCGGAUAUGGCAGGGGACACCUAAAUUCUCAGGGUAUAUUUAGAACCAUUGCAAAGGACGAGCACAAUGGUUUGCAGUUAGAUUAUGCUCAAAGAAGUCAAAAUUAUGUAUUUCCUUCAGAAGGUAUUGUUUCACAACAGCCACAGUUGUUAAUUCCUGGCCGAACAAGUGAAAAUGGCAUCUACAUUGACAAGGGUCAUAAUUCACAUGAGACGAAUGGUAUUGUGGGUGUACAAAAUGGGAUGCAAGCUGCUAAUCUUGCUACCCAGAAAAAUUUAAUAAACCAAGAGCAACAGGUUGCUUGGAUAAACUCAGGCCAAAUAGAACAGAGCCAAGAAGCAGUUCAUCCAAUUCAUGAAGUACCAAGUCAUCUACUCGCCACCCACUUACCGAAUGCCACAGCCUCACGGCCAUGGAACAGUCGAAUGCAUCAAAGUAACUUUUUAGUGCAUCCAAAGAGGCCAGGUGAGUUUGUUGUUCCUCAGGCAGGUGUUGAUGUUCCAGCUCUUAGUCUGCAGGGCCAGUCAUUUUCUCAAGAGGCAAUUCCAGUUCCAGAUACUUCUUCAGACAAUGGACAUAGUUUCAACGUAAACGGUCAAAUUCCACAGAAUCUUGGGGCAGCUGUGCAUGCUGGGGGGAGUAAGGAAAUUUCUGGGAUACCCAAGAAUGGCCAAGAUUCUGAUGCUCAAAGCAUGCAGAACACAAAGAAUUUUCAGCCUGUAGGUGUAAAUGUGCAAACUCAGCGUCAAAUCUUGCAAAAGGGAUCUGCUGUGCCAUACUCCAGAUCUGUUGGUAGAGUUGGAGGUUCGAUCUAUCAUAAUACAGCAGUAAGUGAAGAAGCCCAUAUUAUUAAUCCAAAUUUGGCACCAUCCACUGGAAAGGCUCUUCUCACUGCUAGUCCUAUUGAAAAGCGAUUUUCCCAGCGCAAUCGGGAUCCAAGGUUGGUGUCCAAAUCAUCUCCUGCACCUCCAUCUGUUCCACCAAUUCAGCAAGAACCAGCAGCAAUGUCUGUCCCAUCUGCUGCACCUCCAUCGGUUCCACCCGUUCAGCAAGAAGCAGCAAUCUCUGUCCCAUCUGGGAAGAUCCAUACGAGUAAUAUAGCAACUAGGGAUGAUACUACCCACCCUGUAGUCUCCCUUUCAGUUGAAGUAACUGAGCAUGCUGCUGCACGGAGCAAUUUUAAAAUUGCAUUAGCCAAUUUUGUGAGGGAAAAAAUUAGGAAAACAUGGCACAGUGGUCACUUGACAAAUAAACUCUAUAAAUCCAUUGUGCGGAAGGUUGUUAAGAAAGUUGUUGACAAAGAAAAAAACAUUCCUGACACAAGUGAGAAAGUUAAUGAGUACCUACGCGACUUCAGGGGAAUUAUCAACAGAUUUAUAAAGGAUGAUUUUGACCACCGCAAUGUCACAUUUGUUGAGUGACAUGGUUCUUCCUGGGUCGAAAAGAUUGAAGCGCCGCCAUAUGUACCCUCGUAGCUUUUGGCGCUUUAGUUAGAUUUGGAAAGACUUAAGAUUUUCCAUCUCUGUGUCACAGAGAUUGACUCUGCUUGACUGCAUGUGUAUUGAGUUGCCAGACAGCUGAUGUAAUGCCGCCGUUAGCAGGUCCUGGCAUGUUAUGUUAAAUUGGUGUAUCUUUCGUAGACUAUGCCCUGUUUGAACAUUGGGCUUUCUUUGGUUAGAACAAAGUUGAUCAGGAGCUGUUGUACAAAUCUGUCCUGCAAAAUGCGUGCAUUCUGGCAACAAAAACUGCUUGUUCAUUA